AUGUCCGCCAUCGAUUCCCCAGGCCUCCCAACCCGGGCGAGCAAAAUGAGCAGCAUCCCAAGCCUCAGCCCUCGUCGGCAGCAGGGUGACUCGGACGCACUCCUCUGCAAAGGACGCUUCGGGCUCGAAAUGCUCUCGGUCUACUACUAUGAAGGACGCAGUGCAGUUCGUGCUGCUGUCCUGUUCAAGACGACUUUCGUCCUGCCUAGUGACCAGAAGCUUAAAUAUGCUGAAUGUCCUAUUACCGUCGACACCCCGAACAACAAUAAAGGCAGAAUCGCAAUUGUGGACUACCAUCCGAUUGAAAACGAGGUCAUAACGUCUCCUCACUGGUCAAACAACGGGGCCAGGGGCAGAAUGUCAUUGCGGGCGGUAAAUAAUCGCCAGGCGCAACCUUCCAGUAUCUCAUGGUUUUUCAAGAACAGCGCCGGUCCAGGGGACACCACCACCACCUACCCGAGCGUGCUCACGCUCCUCUUCGUCGUCGAACCCGAGCAAUCGCCAAGGAACCCUUGGUUCGAAUUCAACCUCAAGUUGACGAGGGACCUGAAGGUUGAAGUUCGCAGCGACAAUUGGCUGACGAACCUCCGUGACCGGUUGGUACGGAACUUGAAGGACGGUUCAAGGACGUUCGAGAUAGCAGGACAGUACAACCCGGAGCACGCCAAGGAAGCGUUGAAGCUGCUGCAUAGUAGUGAACCAAGCGUCGGGCUGGGUGCUGCCGUCCACGGGGCGACUCGGACGGGCGAUACCUCCGAAGCUGUCUAG